AUGUCAGAUAUAAGUGCCACUGAAUACCUCUCCCGCCAGCAGGAGCUCGAAGAUGAGGCUCGGAAGCUGAUGCCCUGGGAUCCCAGAUCGUGCACCUACGAGAAAGGUGCUCUACGCCAACAGGUCUUCGCCUGUCGAACCCAUGGGAACAUUGGAAUAUGCUACUCAUGCUCCAUUCAAUGCCACACCAGCUGCGAUAUAGUAGAGCUAUUCACCAAGAGGAAUUUUACAUGCGAUUGUGGGACAGAGAGAGACAAGCCCAAAAGUGAGAACCAACAAACGAAUGAGUUCAGGUGUCAGCUACGUAAGAAUAGAGAACCGGAUGUCGCAUCCUUGCAGAACGUUUACGGACAUAAUUUCCAUGGGUUGUUUUGCAGUUGCAACGAAGAAUACGACCCCGACUCCAGUGCUGUCAUGCUGCAAUGUGUGCUGGGAGCAGAGUGCAAUGAGGACUGGUAUCAUGACUACUGUAUCGUUGGCAAAGGAAAGGAAAAGCAGGGAGCCAAGCGAAAGGCCGACGAGGAAACCCUAGCUGACGGCAUGCCGCCUUUGGACUCAUUCGACGCCUUCAUAUGCUGGAAAUGCGUUUCGAAGUAUGACUAUUAUUUCCAGAAACUGAUGUCUCAUUCCCUCGCUGAAGAGGUUAUUGCACAUAGGAUUCAACGUGGAUCGUUGGAGGAGAAGGAUCUGUCUCGCAGCGAUAAGAAGAGGCCAAUCGAUGACGUGACUGAUGGAAGUAUCGACUACUCGUUAACGCUCAAGCACGGCUACUCAAAACAGUUGGCUAAAAUAAAGGAGACGCUGGACAAGAAAACGGAUAAGCUCUAUAAAUUUCUGGACGAUUUGGUUCCGUUUCUGGUGAACGAUGAUCCGGUUUACGAAGAACCGGAAGACACUGCAACAGGGGCCGAUGACAUGGUUUCUUUGCUGCUGCAGAGCAGUGUGCAAAGAGAACAGGCCGUCGCUGGUAUAUCGGCCUUCAACUCUUUGAAGACAAGGCUGAGUGAGUAUCUAAGACCAUUUGCGGAGAGCGGUAGGGUGGUAAGUGGGGAGGACAUUAAUAACUUCUUCGAAGGAAACGAGAAAAAGUAG